ACGGAUAUCAUGCAUUCAUUGUGGGAGACGUUUCAUUGAGAAAUCAUUAAAUCUUCAUAUGAGAAUUCACACAGACGAGAAACCUUUCUCAUGUGGAAGCUGUGGAAGAAGUUUCCGAUGCAAAACACAUUUAACUCGUCACAUGAUGAUUCACAGAGGUGAGAAGCCUUUCACGUGUGUGGCCUGCGGAAAAAGUGUCAGAACAAAAUUUGAGUUACGUCUUCACAUGAUGAUUCACACAGGAGAGAAGCCAUUCUCAUGUGGUAACUGUGGAAAAAGUUUCCGACGCAAAAUAUAUUUAACUCGUCACAUGAUGGUUCACGGAGAUGAGAAGCCUUUCUUAUGUGCGACCUGUGGAAAAGGUUUUGUCAGUAACGCAACUUUAAUUUAUCACAUGAGGACUCACACUGGAGAGAAGCCUUUCUCAUGUGUGACCUGUGGAAAAAGUUUUGCCUGUAGAACUUCUUUAACUUAUCACAUGAGGACUCACACAGGAGAGAAGCCUUUCUGCUGUGUGAACUGUGGGAAGUAUUUUGGACACAAAUCCAGUUUAACGCGUCACAAUAUGAUUCAUACAAAUGAGAAACCUUUCUCGUGUGUGACCUGUAGAAAAAAAUUCCCAAGAAAAUCUUAUUUACUUCGUCACAUGAGGACUCACACAGGUGAGAAGCCUUUCUCAUGUACAAGCUGUGAUUAAAGCUUUUCUAAUAAAAUUGGCCUAAUUUACCACAGAAAGACUCACAGUGAUGAAAAGUAUUUGGCUUGUGGGACUUCCAAUCCAAAUCUCAGUUCAAUGGUCAUAUGCAAAGUCACACAAGUGAUAGGCGCUACUGAAGGUAGCAAAUAAAUAGGUGGAAUUGCCCUUUAGCCAUUUCCCUGUGGGCCUCCGUAUUUUAUUAUUUGUUGUAUGUAUUUUUUUCAUGAUUUUGGUUAGUGGAUACAUGUUGGCUGUUACUGUAUGUACUGGUAGCAUCACAAAUGAAUUGUGCUUUGAUUACAAUGUUUUCAGCA